GAGACAGCAAAGCAGGACAAAAAGCAGAGAGAAUGAGAGAGGGAGGACUCUGAACAGUCGUUACGUCAUUUGUUAGUGUUAGGAACAGAUUUAUUGUCCUCUGGAGAAUCUCUUCCUGGUUGUGUGUGUAUAUGCGAGCUGGACGUGCAGGAGGAAAAUAGCAACGGCUCACACGAGAGAGGAACCUUACUUAACAGGAUAUUCUCACCUUCUCAACCAUCAUGUCUCAGCCAGGACAGGAAGAGGAUGAACAAAUGCAGCGUCCUGAAGUGAGUGAAGACGAUCUGACUGAGGCAAAGGGCAGACUGGGCGGUGGUGAGCUAGCAAAGAGCAAGACGUUUGAAGUAAUGGACGAGUGCGCCAAAGUGGGUAAAGCUGCUCCCUCUGUGUUCAGUGGCGCGAGGUCCGGAGCAGAGACGGUUUUGAACACACGUUCAGCCCGACCGGUCAAAAAGUAGCUAAGGGACUUUCUGACCAUGAGAUGACAACACCUGUUCCAUGUGAGGGGGGGGGGGGUGGUAUAAGUUGAUUUACAGCUGUAUUUACAUUUCAGUCUGUGAAUAAUAGUGUUAAAAGAUCUUUUUAGUGGCCUGGCUUUGUUUAUCUUUGUCCUGCUUGUGUUUUGGCUAUUAUCUGGUUUCUAUAGGUUACAAGUAGUUAAACUUUAAGACCUUUCAAGAGCUUUUAAAACCAAAAUGAAUGAAAUUUAAGAUUUGUGUUGUGUGUGACAGAUAUGAAGAAUAUCUAUAAUUUAUGGCAGAGGGAGACGUGGUCUAUGUAAUAAUAUACUCAGAUAAAUUCAUACUCCAGAUUGAUUGUGUUAAUAUUUAAUAUAGAAAAAGUUUCUCAAAACUUUUUUCCACAAUCAACUGCUAAAGAAAUCUAGAGAUUAGAAAAACAAAGGUCUUGUUUGUAGUUUCACUAGUUUGCUCAUAUCUGUCAUGUUGAAAAAGAACAACACAUAAUCAAGACCUAUCUAUAUGUAUUUAAUAAGUCAAACAUAAUUUUAACUUAUUUAACUUUUGGGCUUAAAUUCAAUGGAUUUUAGACUUUUUAAGACCCUGCGGAAAGCCUGACUAAAACAGUUUUGCUGUAGAAUGUUCAACUAAUUUCUAUAAAUACACAAAUUUUUUUAAUUUAUGAUUUGUUGUAGUUUCUUAUGUUUUUCACCUAGUGUAUAAGAGUACAAGAUAAUAACCCAACACCUUCCAUGUGCUAUAUUAUUGAUCCGUUUGAACAUUCAUAUUAAUACA